CUUGUCUAAUACAAAAGCUGCGCAAAAUUAAAAAAAAAUGUUUAAAUAUUUCACAAUUUGCUUUCUUGCGUUUGUCACCUUGGCCACAGCGAAACCACAAUGGUUGAUAUCAGAUCCUUAUGCCGCUCCCGUAGCUGUUGCCGCACCAUCGGUAGCUUUGUCAGCACCCUCGUAUGUUGAACCUUAUUAUGCCUCAUAUUCAACUGCCCCGUGGUGGUCUUCAUAUGCCGCUUAUCCAUAUGCUGGCUCCUAUUGGUGA